UAAGAUCGACCAGUGGUGUGAAACAACAUUUAUUCAUCAUGGAGAAUUCACCGAAUGAUGAAUAUACUUUAAAGCACUUCUAUUACCCACUCAAUAUAUCAGAUGAUCAAGAUAUGAGUGACAAUAACAAGACCGCAAUGAGAAGGAGCAACAGUAUAGAUGCUUUUUUUGAAAAGCAAAAGAAAAAGAAGAGACAGUCAAAGUCUUCAUGUGUAGCGCAAGCAAGUGACGGGGGCCUAUCAUAUAUCUCAUCCAACGACGAUGACAGUAUCAGUGCAACACAUCUAAUCAAAAUAGACAUCUAUGACAUGAAGAGAAUUAAAGAUGUUUCGCCUCUUGAAUACUGGAAAUAUGCAGAUUUGCGAUUAAAGUACUACGUUGAAUCUGCUGGUGAUAAGCACUAUCAAAGCAUGCGAGAUAUUAUAUACAACAUUACAAAGCAAAUCGCUGGGAAGCAUGACUGUAAAAAAUACUUUAUUGACAGAGAUAACCAGAAACAAUAAGUAUUCUCUGAACCAGCGGUCGGUAAACAUCACAAAGUAAAAAGACCCUCUAUAUAAACGUAGUUGUAUUUUAUUUUGUAUUUUGCUUUACAAUUUAUUUGAAAACA